AUGCAGGGCGACUCCAGGCGUCAGGUGGACACCCCGGGUGUCCGAGCAGCACUCGAGGCCAACCGUGCGCAGCUAGAGGUCAUGCGCUCCCGCCUCCUGGGCAAGACUCCGUUGCCAAGGAAGCUCGCCCAGGAUUACCACCCCAAGUAUGCCGAUGCCAUCCGAGCCACCCCUCCCCACUUAACAUCUCCAGACGGCGACAUUCCACCGGUGGGCGACCUCUUCACCCCCGACCCCAGCGCUCCCGAGCUCGCAAGAGGCACUGCUCCUCCGGCUCCGGCCCCACCCACCUGGACCAAGCAACGCCCGUUCCUCACCGGGUACUACCUCAUGGAGGCGGCGGCCGCGCAGCAGGAUGCAGCCCCGGCCCAGCUGGACAUUUUCCCGGCCGAGAUCCAGGAGUCCCUUUUGGUGGAUGGGCUGCUGUCGGCCUUCAUGGGUCUGAGCGGGGAGUACGUGUCUGCCACCAUGGAGCAUGGGGCUGGGGGUCCCAGUCUGCGCUACCGCAUCACGACCCACAGCCAAGUGGAGCCGGCGCUGGCGGAGAUGGCGGGGCGCAUGCUCCCCAUCUGCGAGGCCGCGGCGGUGGUCCAGCGCUUUGCCGAGACGCGCGACGACGCGCGCUGGGGCCUGGUGGCCCAGGCGCUGACGGGGGCGCUGCGCGCUUUGAUCCAGGACUGGCACGUCAUGGUGGCGCAGCUGGAGCACCAGAUGCACACCGGCAAGCUGACUCUGCAGGCGCUGUGGUACUAUGUGCAGCCGCCGCUGGAGGCGCUGCGGCUGGUGGCGGGGCUGUGCGCCGAGGCGUCGGCGCGCGGCCUGCGCGGCGCGCCGCUGCUGGACCUCCUGCACGAUCGCGCGGCGCGGUCCUUCGGCGACGCACGCGCGCACGCGCUGCUCACCCGCCUCCUACGCGCCGCCGCGGCGCCCUACUUUGCCAUGCUGGCGCGUUGGGUGGGGGAGGGCGAGCUGGCCGACCCCUGCGGCGAGUUCCUGGUCCAGGAGGACGCGAGUGUGCGGCCCGGCGCUCUGACGCACGAGGGCCAGUCCGCCUUCUGGCACGACCGCUGGCGGCUGCGACUGGCGGAGGCGGCGAUACUGGACGCAGGCAAGUAUCUAAACGUGCUCAAGUCCUGCGGCCAGGACCUGCCGGCCGAUGUUCUGGAACUCGGCGUUCCCCUGGAGUGGGACGAGGGCGGGCGGUACCUGCGCGCCCUGGAGCGCGCGCGGGCGGUGGCGGCCGGCGCCACCAUGCGCAUGCUGCGCGGCGACCGCGCGCUGGCCUCGGGCCUGGGGGUGCUGGGGCGCUACUUCCUCACCGCGCAGGGCGACCUGUUCGGCCACCUGAUGGACAGCGCGGGCGCCGAGUUCGGGCGCAUGGUGGCCGCGGUGCCCCUGCUCCAGCUCCAGGCCCUGCUGUCGGCGGCGGUGCGCGGCAGCUCGGCGGCCGCCGUCCCCGCCGCCGCGCAGCUGCGCGCCGCUUUCGACACGCGCUCAGUGCUCAACAUGCUGGUCAGCAUCACACAGACCGCGGCCGCCACUGCGGGGGUGGGGCAGCCAGGGUCCCCGCUGCGUAGGGGCCUGAAGCCCGUGACGCCGGCGCCCAUGUCCGCCAGCGAGCGCCAGACAGUCGGCCGGCAGAAGAACGCGCGCGAAUCGUUCAUGCUUUCCUACGCGGUACCCUGGCCUUUGAGCGUCGUCGCGCCCGAGGCCUGCAUGGCCCAGUACCAGAUGAUCUUCAGGCACAUGUUUGAGCUGAAAUGGGUGGAGCGGGAGCUAAACCGGGUGUGGCAGCUGCACCUCCAGACCCGCGGCCUGGCCAGCGUGCACAGCAGGACGGGGAGGAGCCUGGCGACAGGCAGGGGGCCCGCGCCCAGCCUCGGGCGCACGAGGGCGGCCUCGGCGGUCGCGCUGUCCCGCUCCUGCGCCGUCUGCCAGCUGGUCACCCACUUCUUCCGGCAGUACCUCCUGUACAUCACCUUUGAGGUGCUGGAGCCGCUGUGGCUCGCCUUCCAGCACCGCGUUCAAACCCUGGACAGCCUGGAUGAGGUGUUGGAGCAGCACCAUGCCUUCCUGCGCCGGGUGAUGAAGGGCUGCCUGCUGUCCCGCAAGGUCGUGCUCCUGCGCUCCCUGCUGGCGCUCAAGGACCUCGCUCUCCAGUUUGUCAAGGUGAGCGACCGUGUGCUGGGCGCCCUGGCAGAAGCCGGGGAGAAGGAGGUGGAGGCUGCGUAUGGCGGGCCCUGCGUCGACCGAGGCCGGCGGAGUUCCACAGCCGGGGAGGGUCCGGUGUGGGGCGAGCGGGCUGUCCGGGCGGCGCGCCGCCGAUCGACGUUGGACGCCGCGCUCUCCCAGCCCGUCUUUCUCAGCACCGUCAACACGCUGUAUGCGCGCUGCGUGGAGCGGGUGGGCGAGUUCAGGGCGCACCUGGCGGACGCGCACCGGGCCGCCGCCAGCGAGCGGUCCGACACGCGGGAGGAUCUGGAGUCGCUGCUCAAUCUGCAGCAGCGCCUGGACUACAACGCCUUCUUCCCCGAACCGCGGCCCAAAGCCCCCCCGCCACCCAGGGGUUGA